AUGACGGCAUUUGUUGAGGGACUAGCAAGUCCAGAGAUGGAAAUUGCUGAAGGCGGUGUUAUUUUGGAUAAUAGAGCGUUAGUAGUUUUUACUGAAAUUAUGGUUAAAAAAGUGGACUAGCUUGAAAUUUAAGCUCAAAAUUGAAAAUGUCUGUUUGUUUUUAAAUCUUGAAAUUUCAAUUUUCUAGGGAAAACACCAGAAGCCUGAAUUCCUUUAAAAAAAUUCUCCGGAUUUUCAGACGAUUCUCGGAUCUGAAAGCAAUGUUAGACAGCAAUAAGGAUAAUCUGAAAGUUGAUGCUAUGAAACGGAUUAUAAAUGUAAGUAGUUCUAGCCUAAAAGGUUGGAUUCAGUUCCUAAGCCCAAUUUUUCCAGCUGAUUGCAAAAGGCAAAGAUGUCAGUGAUUUAUUCCCAGCAGUUGUGAAAAAUGUGGCGGCAAAAAAUGUGGAACUCAAAAAAUUGGUAUUUGUCUAUCUGGUCAGAUAUGCUGAAGAACAACAAGAUUUGGCACUUUUAUCCAUUUCCACUUUUCAAAGAGCACUAAAGGUUAGGAUUUUGAGGGGGGGGGGGGAUUUGGAAAUGUUAAGUUGAAAAUGAGGUCUCGAAUAAAAAUUUGAGUCUAGACAGUUGGGAAAUUAAAAUGUUUGGUUGGAAUUGGCCAGAAUGUGGGAAUUUUCAGCUGACUUUCGACUCCGGAAAAUAUACGUUUCGAAAUUUUUGGAUAAUCUUUUAAGAUUCUUGGGAAAUUGAUUUAUAAACAUAGCUUCGAAUUCGAAAAAGUUGGGAACCACACACACAGAAAAAGCUUGGUAAAACAUGUAAUUUUCAACCGAAUUUUUUGAGCUUAUCCACAGAAAUUCCAAAAUUUAAUUUCAGGAUAUUUAAAAUUCCUCAUUUUCAGGAUCCAAAUCAACUAAUCCGUGGCUCAGCUCUUCGAGUUUUAACAUCAAUUCGUGUUCCAAUGGUAGCUCCAAUAAUGUUAUUAGCAAUAAAAGACGCAGUUCGAGAUAUGUCACCGUAUGUUAGAAAAGUUGCAGCACAUGCAAUUCCAAAACUAUAUUCACUGGAGCCAGAUUUGGAAGCGCAAUUAGUUGAUUGUAUUGAUUUUUUGUUAGCUGAUCGCAGGAGUUUGGUAUUGGGAAGUGCGGUUUAUGCUUUUGAUGAGGUGGGGAUUUGGAGAAUUUGGAUGGAGGAAAUGUUUCCAUUUUUCUAGAUCUGCCCGGACCGAUUGGAUCUUCUUCACAAACAUUUCCGCGCUCUUUGUCGUGGUUUAGCUGAUGUUGAUGAAUGGGGACAAAUUGUGAUGAUAAAUAUGCUCACCAGAUAUGCGAGAACUGAAUUAGCUAAUCCGGAUAAAGGAGCACCUGAUACAGAUAUUGUAUUGCUUCUCAAUUCUGCUCGUCCACUUCUUCAAUCUCGAAAUUGUGGUGUAGUUAUGGCAGUCACUCAACUAUUCUAUCAUGUUGCACCAAAAGCUCAACUAUCUCAAAUAGCUCGUGCACUUGUUCGAUUACUUCGUGGUCCGCGAGAAGUUCAAUAUGUUGUUCUAAUGAAUAUUGCAACAAUUUGUGAGAGAAAUCCAGUGGAAGAGGGAACUUUUGCUAUUUCGAAAACGAUGUUUGACCCGUUUUUGAAGAGCUUUUUUGUGCGAAGUUGUGAUAGUUCGCUGGUGAAACAAUUGAAAUUGCAUGUGUUGACGAGUUUGGUGUCGGAGAGCAAUGUGCAUAUUAUAUUGAGAGAGUUGCAGGUGAGGAAAUUGGGAAUUUCGGUCAAUCCGGUCAAUUUAGGCCUAAGAACUCUAGGAAAAUAGUUAAAACCUAAAAAAUAGCUUGGAAUUGCUCAUUUUUGACUAAACAUUUCGAAUUUUUUGUCUCUAGAAUGCUUGUAGUUUUUCACCUAAAAUUUGGAAAAAAACUGAUUUUUGAUUCAUUGAUUUUUUUCCUUUUUAGCCUGAAGGUUUUUGAAAUUUUAAGGAAAAUUAAUCUGAAAAUUUAGUGAAUUCUGCAUAUUUUUAUUUCGCUCUUAGAAAAAUAUUGAAUUUUGGCCCCUUACCCGGCUUUUAAGGGUUUUCCGUUCUUUCACCAGAACCCUUCCCAAUUUUUUUCCAGACCUACGUGCAAAUGUCAGAUCUUGCGUCAGCGGCAGUCGAAGCAAUUGGUCGUUGUGCAAUUCGAGUCGGCGCAGUCAGCGAACAAUGUAUGACCGGACUCGUAACUCUCAUCUCCUCAUCAGAUGAAAAAGUUGUAUGCUCUGCAGUUGUUGUCAUAAAACGCCUUCUUCAUGCCGAUGCUCCAGUUUCGCUACUCGCAAGACUCAUGCGACUAAUGCCCAGAAUGGUAGCUGCGCAGGCACGUGCUUGUGUUGUUUGGCUUGUUGCUACACAUGUUGAGCAAGUUGUACAUUUGGCACCUGAUUUGUUGAGACAAAUUGCCAAAAAGUUUCCGACCGAGGAUGAGAUGGUUAAGGUGAGGAAGAAAUUAGAAUUUUGAAGCACAAGCCUUUUUAUAUUUAAAUAAAGUUUUUCUGAUCCCAAAAUCUAGAUUUUCUAUCGGGUGAAAAAAAAAGAAAAAUUUCUCGAAAGUUUUCAAAAUUAAACGAUUUUUCUAAAAUGUUGACUCGAAAUUUCUGGCCAAAAAAUCUAUUGUCUUCAUUUUCAGCUCGAAUCCCUCAAACUAGCUGUGAAAUUAUGGAUGAUUCGCCGUUCGGAAUGCGAAAAAAUGGUGCAAUACGUGUUCCAAUUGGCCCGUUUCGAUUUGAGCUACGAUGUUCGAGAUCGCUGUCGAUUUUUGCGAAAUUUGAUGUUUAACACGAAAAUUUUGGCCGAACACGCCGAUGAGAUUUUUAUGGCCAAAAAACCGGCGCCUGCAUUGGUUUCCUCGUUUAAAGGUGAGCAUUUUGACACAAAACAAUUUGAAUUAAAAUAAGCUACAGUUUCUCCUCUAAGCCUAAGUCUAAUAAAUAAUUCGAGCCCAACUUUGUUGUUUUCCAGAACGCGAUCAAUUCCAACUCGGCUCUCUUUCGCAUGUUCUAAAUCAACGUUGCACAAAAUACUUGGAUCUUCCCGAGUUCCCCGAACUCUCAUCAGAUCCAAGUUUGAGAAAAGAGCCGACUGCUCCAAAUGAGCUGAAUUUGGAAGAGGAAGAAGAAGAAGAGGAUGAGGAAGAAGAUGAAGAAUCUGGAGAAGAAGAGGAAGAAUCGGAAGACGAUGAUGAAGAGGAAAAUCAAGAGGAAUCUGAAGAGGAAGAGAAUUCUGACGAAGAUGAAGAGGAAUCAGAAGAAGAGGAAAAUUCCGAUGAAGAAGAAGAAUCUGAGGACGAAUCUGAAGAUUCGGAAGCUCCGCCUCCUCCACCGAAAAUCGCCAAAAACUCCAAAAAAUUGGUGGAAAAUGGAAAAUCCAAACCAGACUCUUCUGAAGCCAAUAUCGAUUUAUUGAUUGAUGUUGAUUUUUCAGCGGCGGGAAGUCGACAAAUUGUCGAACCGGAGUUCGUUGAGGUUUGUGACUUUUUUGAAAUAUCCCAACAAUGUAAAUUUUAUUGAAAAAAAUUAAAUUCCGUUUUCUUCCUUUUCUAUCUUGCAGACUUCUGAAACUGAAAUCUUGAAUGUGAUCGAAGGUCAAGGAAUUUCUUUAUCAAUUCAAUAUCCACGAACAAAUGAUGGACAAUAUACACCAAUUCGGUUUAUUUUAAUCAAUAAAACUGAUAAAGAUAUUGAAAAUGUUGAGAUUUUGAACAAUGAUUCACAAUUGGAUGUGAAGGGAAAUACGAAGGUAACUGGAAAAUUAUAUUUUCAAUUCAUUGCUCAUCUCAACCAUAUUUUGAUUCACACAUGGCUCAUAUUAACAUAGUAAACCGAAAAUCCCCAAUCAAUUGUCUACCCAUUGCUUAUGUUAAUCCCCAUUUUAUUUCUAGAUUUCCCUUCUUCCCGCUGGUGCCCGUAUCUCUCAAAACAUUCUCAUCGAUUUACAAGACAGUGCCACUUCCCGUGAAUGGAUCCUUCAAUCUCCUUCGCCUACAGUAAUCCAAAAAUCAUUCCGCCUUCAAAUACCGUACACCGAACAAAUUCAACCGGUUCGCCUAAAUUUAUCGGAGCUCGAAAAAGAGCAUUCGAGAUUAGGAGGACUCAAUAGAAAUCUUGUGGAUGCUCCAAACCCGGUAAAUGUCGGAGAUAUUGUGAAAUGCGCAAAUUUAUGUAAAAUUGAUGAAAAUGUGUGUAUUCUUCUAGUUUCUCAGCGACUUUUAAAUGAACUCUGGAAUUUUCAGAUUUUCGUCGCUCAAACUCGAUCCCGAAAAGAUAUUUGUAUUAUAAAAUUAUUGGAAAACGGAAAAAUCGAAGCAAGUUGUGAUAAUGCAGUAAUCGGACGAAUUGUGGCAUUUCAAAUUUCCAAAAAUGCUUAA